AUGUCUUCUCCAGCUCCAAAAUCGCCGGAACAAACAGAUAAAAGUAAAAAAUACGACAGACAAUUAAGGUUAUGGGGUGAUCAUGGACAAAACCUUUUAGAGAAUUCAAAAGUAUGUCUUAUAAACGCCACAGCCUUAGGAACAGAAAUUUUAAAAAGUCUUAUUUUACCCGGAAUAGGUUCAUUUACCAUCGUUGAUGGAGAGAAAGUCACUGAAGAAGACAUAGGCUCCAAUUUUUUCUUAGAAAGUGAUAGUAUUGGCCUCUCUCGAGCGCAAGUAGCCACUCAGUGUUUACUAGAACAUAACCCUGAUGUAAGGGGUGAUUACAUUGAUGAAUCUCCUGAACAUGUUAUGUCACACACUCAAGAUUUUUUUAAUAAAUUUACUGUUGUAAUCGCAACAGCUCUACCAGAGAAAGUUCUCAUUCCCCUGUCCAAAUACCUGUGGGAAUCGAACGUCCCUUUCGUUGUAUGCCGUAGUAUAGGAUUUUUAGGUUACAUAAGAUUACAAGUCAAAGAGCACACGGUAAUUGAGGCGCAUCCGGAUAGCGAAAAUCCAGAUCUACGCCUGCUGUCGCCGUGGAGAUCUCUAAGGGAACACCUCGAAAGUAUAGAUGUCGCUUUGUUAGACCAAAAGUCCCGCAGCCAUGUUCCAGCUUUGGUCAUUUUGUUUUAUUAUUUAACGAAAUAUAAAGAGCUUAAUGGAGGUUUAGUUCCGAAAACUAGGCAAGAAAAAGAUAUUCUUAGAAAAAUGAUUAGGGAUAGUCCGGUAGCCGACGAAGGUAGUAUCAAACUUUUAGAAGAAAAUUUUGAAGAAGCCAUCCGUUACACGAAUACCUGUCUGGCUCCACCUAGCAUACCUCAUAAUGUGCAGGCGAUAUUGGACGACGAUUGUUGCAAAAAUUUGACCCAAAACAGCCCGCCGUUUUGGAUCAUGUGCGCGGCUCUUCGGGAAUUUGUAGAAUGCGAAGAAACAUUACCGAUUAAAGGCAGUUUACCGGACAUGGCCGCGGAUACGACGAGUUAUAUAACGUUGCAGCAGUUGUAUCAUAGGCAGGCCGAACUUCAGGCGGAGAUUAUUUAUAGGAAAGCUUCGGAUAUCGCCAGAGAUUUGGGGUUGCCGAUGGACACUAUUACCCAAAAUGAGGUCAAAAUGUUUUGCAAACACGCCAGCGAAUUGCAAGUUAUCCGAGGCAGUUGCAUAGCCGACGAAUACGAACGAACCAGAUUAGAUCUUUCGUUCUAUCUCGAAGAUCCGGAUAGUUUAAUGUUCUACUACGUAAUACUGAGAGGAUUGGAACGAUUCAUUAGCGAAUUCAACACUUAUCCAGGACAAUUCGAUGAUCAGGUGGAACCGGACGUACUGAAACUGAAAGGCAUCAUCGGAAAACUUCUGUCGGAAUGGAGCUGUUCGCAGGUGUUGAGAGACGAACGGGUGCACGAAGUUUGUCGAUACGGUGGCGCCGAAAUCCAUUCGGUGUCCGCGGUGCUGGGUGGAUGCGCAGCGCACGAAGUGAUCAAACUGAUUACGCAUCAGUACAAACCGCUAGACAAUGCUUUUAUUUAUGAUGCGAUUAGUUCGAAUUCGGCAACGUUUUGUCUUUGA